AUGACUUCGUCGUCGGUGUCGAAGGAUGAGCUGACGCUAACUGUGCGUUGGUGCGGAAAGGAGUAUACAUUACGAGUGUGUACUAAUGACACCGUCGGAGAGUUGAAGCGGCGCAUCUGCCAGGCCACAAGCGUACUCCCCAAGAACCAGAAGCUCCGCUAUCCAAAAGUUGGUUCAAAGCUCUCCGAUGAUUCCCUUCUACUCUCCAAACUUCCUCUCAAAUCUUCCCUUAAGAUGACCAUGAUCGGUACUGUGGAAGAUGAUGUCAUUGGUGACCCCAUGGAUGCCCCCGAGAAGGUUGAUGAUUCUGAAAGCUGUGAAGAUGAAGCUGUUGACAUUAAAGGCAAAGAGGUUAAAAAGCAGAAAAGCAGAUGCCGUAGUGACCAAGUCAAGGUGCCAUCAAGAACUAGCAUACGUGCUGGACGUAACCGGGUACACCCAAGAGGGGAGAUGCAAAGCCAGUCAGUGGCUGUUGAGCACCCAUCAUGCGUCCAACAAUCUGAUCCAGCCCCAACUACAUCCUCUGGUCCACAGUUGAGACAAGACAACCCCGACUCCAAUGCUAGUAUGGAUGGAAUGGGUUCAGAUUUUGCUCCAAGUACGAUCAGGAGGCGGGGGCGAGGACGAGGACGAGGACGAGGAACAACAAGGGGCCUCAAAAUUGCAUCAAUGCCCCCAGGCCAAGAAGUGCAAAUCUCGGUAAAUCAAGCUACGGUGCCAGCAAGGACUAGCAUACGUACUGGACGUAACCAGGUACACCCAAGAGGGGAGAUGCAAAGCCGGUCAGUGGCUGUUGAGCAGCCAUCAUGUGUCCAACAAUCUGGUCCUGUCCUAACUACAUCCUCUGGUCCACAGUUGACACAAGACAACCCUGACUCCAAUGCUAGUAUUAAUGGAAUGGAUUCAGAUUUUGCUCCAAGUACGAUUAGGAGGCGAGGGCGAGGACCAGCAAAGGGCCACAAAAUUGCUUCAAUGCCCCCUGGCCAGAAAGUGGAAAUCUUGAUGGAUGAGUAUGGCCAACCAUGCGGUGAGGAAACAUCCCAGUUGAUGACUUGGAUUGGGACAAUUGCACGGAAUACAUUAUUGCUGCCAUGCAACUAUACAGAUUGGAGGAAAGUUCCUAAGCAGUACAAAGAGGCCGCAUGGAACAAACUUAAAGAGAAAUUUAACCUCAAUGAUGAAUUUAAGAUGUGGGCAAUUCGUAAGAUAAAUGAUCGAUGGAGGGACUUUAAGUGUCACUUGAAGGACAAUAUAUAUGAUCGGUACUCCACAUAUGAAGACCGGGUCCAGCAUCGUGAUGAACGUGUUCCGGUGGAGCAGUGGUUAGAUCUUCUCCGCAUGUGGGACAGUGAGCAUUUUAAGGCCAUGUGUGAGCGUAAUAAGACUAAUAGGUCUAAGCAGCAUACGUGCCACACAGCGGGGAAGAGAAGUUUCGCACAAUUACGAGAGAGGAAGCGUAAGGAGCACCCAGAUGGAGUGCCUCCCUCUCGGUUGGAGCUUUUCAUUGAUACACAUACUAGGAUGGAUGGAUCUCCUAUAGACAUCGCUUCAGGGGAAAAAAUGGCACAGAUGUUAAGCCGUCUUAAUGAGAGGCCCGAGGAAACACGGGGAGACAAGGCAGUGCACGAGGAGAUCUUCACGGAAGUAAUGGGAGAUGAUACUCAUGGCUGGGGGCACUUGUCAGGAGCUGGAAUAUGCCUAAGGGAUUAUAAGACAUCGAGAAAGUAUGCUGCCUAUUACUGGGAGAAUGCUGAGUUGCGGAGUGAGGUGGAAGCCUUGAAUGCGAAAAUCUCUUCAAUGCAGUCCCAAUUUAAUACGCUAAUGCAACUUGUGAUGAGCAAAGAAGUAGGCACGCAGAACAAAGAGGUUUCAAAUCAUGAAGAUCGUUCAUCGCAUAUGUAGUAUUCGUCUUGUGAUCAUGUGGAUUUGAUGCUUGAGGUUCAGGUUGCUGUUGGUUGCUGCUGCAUGUUGAUGAAUGAAGAUAGUUGGGGAUUUGUGGAAAAUUUUAGAUGAUGCAAUUUUAGAUAGUUUUAUAACUGACUUUGAGACAUCUUAAAGAUGUAGCACAUAGAAUUAUAACAAUAUGUAAACAAUAGUGUACAACUUUU